AAGGAGCCCGGAGGUGUUACUUGGUCUCCUGACAUCCACAGCCACAGAGACACUUGAAACCACAGGAGCACUUGUUGCUAAAAAAGUGAAUUAAACUUUUUCUGGGACAACAUGGCACUUCGACAGAACUCUGACAAGGAGCCAAGCAUCGAGUUGUUCAUUAAGGCUGGACAUGAUGGCGAGAACGUGGGGAACUGCCCCUUCUGUCAGAGGCUCUUCAUGGUUCUAUGGCUGAAAGGAGUCAAGUUUACAGUGACCACUGUUGAUAUGAGGAAGAAGCCAGCUGAGCUCAAAGACCUGGCCCCCGGGACCAACCCUCCUUUCCUCCUCUACAACGGCACCCUCAAAACAGACUUCAUCAAAAUUGAAGAGUUUCUUGAACAAACACUGGCCCCUCCCAGGUAUCCUCAUCUCAGCCCGCUCAACAAAGAGUCCUUUGACGUGGGUGCUGACAUUUUUGCAAAGUUCUCUUCUUUCAUCAAAAACAGCACCAACAACACCUUCCACGAGAAAAACCUGCUGCGGGAGUUCAAGCGCUUGGACAACUACCUGAAGUCACCCCUUCCUGAGGAGGUCGACCACAACUCCAGAGAAACCAUCACCAUCUCUAAGAGGAGGUUUCUGGAUGGAGACCGCCUCACCUUAGCUGACUGCAACCUGCUGCCGAAGCUGCAUGUCAUCAGGGUUGCUGCCAAGAAGUACUGCGACUUUGACAUUCCCGCAGAGUUCACAGGUGUGUGGGGUUACCUUCAAAACGCCGACCAGAGAGAAGAGUUCAAACAGACGUGUCCAGCCAACAUUGAAAUCGAGAAAACGUACUUUAACGCGGCCAACAAGAGGAAAUAAAACCUUUUGGAUUGUCUGUAAUUAUUGUCCUGUUUUCACUCAGUGUAACUGUGCAUGUAAAGAUGGUGAUCUGCAGAAGGUGCUGCAACCUACAAGAAUAAACUGUGCCAAUGAAUCAGACACAAUUCCCCCUGAAGAAACCUUCACCUGUUGUUGCAGUAAGACUUUGUGACAUGGUGAGGCACAAUGUUUUAUUGGUUGUAUGUAUUGAAUGUUUAUUCUGAGUCACUCACAGACAGAUGGUACCUUCAUGCCACGUUGAAAAGGCCACAUGUGUAAUUUAUGUUUUUGUUUAUCGUGUAAAUAGAUAUUUUUCCAGGCUUUUUAUGAUCGAAACACCCUCCUUAUAUGAUUGCUUGUGUGUGAGCAACAGCUGCAGAAACCUAAUGUUUAAUUUCUCUACAAACACACUUCUGUAUCUGAUAUGAUUCAAUCAUCUCUGUCAUAAUAAUAAAGAAUAUAAAAUUAAA